UCCCUGUCUCUCCAGUGUGCUGAUGACCGGGAUGCGGUGUGCACCCGCUCAGUCUCCGUGCAGCUCCAGGAGGAGAACUUCACUAUCAAACUGAAACACGGCGGGGGCGUUUCUGUGAACGGCCAAGACGUUCAGAUCCCCUUCAUACUAAAUGCUCUGCACAUCCAGCAUACGGUGCUGCCAGCUGUUCGCCUCAGCUAUAAGGAGAAUAUGCAUCUGGACUGGGACGGGCUGGGAACUCUUGUAAUCAAGUUAUCUUCAGAAUACACCGAACAAACUUGUGGCCUGUGCGGCAACUACAAUGGCAACCAAGGAGAUGAUUUUCUCACCCCUUCCGGGCUGGUGGAAACCCUCGUGGAGGACUUUGGAAAUUCUUGGAAGCUGAAGGGGGACUGUGAAGAUCUGCAAAAACAAGACAGCAAUUCCUGUAGCCUAAAUCCUCGCUUAGCCAGGUACGCAGACAGCUCCUGCUCCGUCCUGCUGUCGCCCCUGUUUGGGCCCUGCCACCCGGAGGUCAGCCCUUCUCCCUACCUGAAGAACUGCCGCUACGACGUCUGCUCCUGCUCGGAUGGCAGAGACUGCUUGUGCACGGCGGUCUCGGCCUACGCCAUGGCUUGCGCCCGCAAAGGGGUGCUGAUCGACUGGAGGAAGCCGGAAUUUUGUGGCCCUGGUUUACAACAUCUAAGUGUUCGGACUCUUGCAAGCUUCAAAACCGAAAGCAAUCAGGUUAAAACGAGCAAGUACCCCUUGUCGGUGCGACACGGGAACAAAUGCGUGGUCCCUGAGAAUUGCCCCUGUUUCCACAACGGACAGGAAUACGCGCCAGGGCAAACAGUGACCAAGGACUGCAAUACGUGCACCUGCCGCGCUCGAAAAUGGGAGUGCACGGAAAACGUCUGCGAUGGAAAGUGCUCGGUCAUCGGCGCAGCGCACUAUUUGACCUUCGAUGGGCUGAAAUACAGAUUUCCCGGCAACUGUCAGUAUGUGCUUGUUCAGGACCACUGCGAAGAGGACGUUGCUGGGUCCUUUUGGAUACUUGUGGCCAACGAAGGAUGUGGCUUCACCAAAGAGACAUGCACGCGAAGGAUCACUGUUUUGUUCGACAGGGGAGAGAUUGAGCUACACGAUGGAGAAGUUAAUGUCCUCACACCUCCGAGAGAAGAAGGAAACGUGGAAAUUUUGAAGUCUGGCCGUUACUAUAUUCUGAUAUUGGGGCGAGGAAGAAUCUCCCUGUCUUGGGAUCAAAACAUGGGAAUUACCGUUAUCUUGAAAGAACACUACAGAGAUAAAGUCUGUGGCCUGUGUGGGAAUUUUGAUGGCAUCCCAAACAACGAUCUGAGAAGCAGUCGGAAGCAGAUUGAAGUUGAUCCAAGUGACUUUGGGAAUUCUUGGAAAGUUCACUCACAGUGUGCUGAUGUCGGAAAGCUUUCCCAAGGACAGGACCUGGCAGCUUCGCUGUGCAACGGCCACGCAAUAAAACAGGUGAAGGUGGAGACCUCCUGCAGUGUCUUGAAUAGCGAACUCUUCAAAGAAUGCAAAAAACUGGUGGAUCCUGAGCCUUAUGUGGAAAUCUGCAUGUACGACACCUGUGCAUGUGAGUCCAUUGGGGACUGUGCCUGUUUCUGUGACGCCAUUGCUGCUUACGCCCAUGCGUGUGCCCAGAAAGGCGCAGUGAUCCAUUGGAGGUCUCCUACUCUAUGCCCACAAAGUUGUGAAAGUAUGAACAAAGUGGAGGAAGAAUAUCAAUGUGAAUGGCGAUACAACAGCUGUGGCCCCGCCUGUCCAAGGACGUGCCAGCACAUGGAUCCAAUUGCAUGUCCCGUCAAGUGUGUUGAAGGAUGCCAUCCCCACUGUCCCGCAGGAAAAAUUCUCGACGAGCUUUCUGAGUCUUGCAUCAAACUCGAAGAAUGCCCGGUGUGUGAAGUAGAAGGUCGCAGAAUUGCUGAUGGGAAGAAGAUCAUUUUGAACCAGGAGAAUUCUCAGCUCUGCCAAUCCUGCCAUUGCGAAGUACGAAACCUGACGUGCCGCCCUUGUGAUCCGGAAGAGGCUGGCAAAUUCCUGACCACUGUUAGUCCAGAUAAAAAAGAAGAAGAAGAAACGGAGGAAGAAGAAGAAGGAGAAGAAGAAGAAGAAGAACCCACACGUGAAUAUUCCUGUAGCAAAAUGAUGGACCUGGCCAUCUUAAUGGACGGUUCCAAUAAGCUUUCCGAGAGCGAUUUUGAAGAGUUGAAAAACUUCACCAUUAGCAUGAUGGAAAAACUCCACAUCUCCCAAAAAAGGAUCCGCUUGGCCGUCCUGGAGUACCGCACCGGUUCACACAUUUACCUUGGUCUGAAGGACAUUAAGAAGUCAAAAAGAAUGAAGAGGAUUGUGCAAAAUAUAAAAUACACGGGUGGGAAUGUAGCCUCUGCCACCGAGGUGCUCAAAUACGUUGUGUUCCAUGUGUUCGGCAAGGCGCCACGCACAAACGCGGCCCGAAUUGCCAUGAUAUUUAUGGCAAGCAAGGACCCCAAGAGAAUCCAGGGGAUCUUCCCGAUUUUGAAAAAAAAGAAAAUAAUUGUGAUACCAGUAGGCCUUGGACCCCACGUGAGCAAAGAACAAAUUUCACUACUAGAACGGCAGUCGCCAGAAAACAGAGCCUUCCUGAUGAACAGUGUGCUUGAGUUAAGGCAACGCACGGAUGAAAUAAUUGACUACUUCUGUGGCCUUGUGCCUGAAGUCAGUGUGGUUCUUUCCACCCGACGCCCCAUCCCAACUCUCCCCAGUGUGCGUAUGGGGACCUACCCUCCCGGUUUGACAGAGGUACCGUCAACACAGGUUUCUAUCUCUGUUGAGAAGAUCCUGGACAUUGUCUUUUUAAUUGAAGGGUCCGGCAAAGUCGGCAAGAACAAUUUCGAGACCAUCAAAGAGUUUCUUAUCCGUACCAUCCAGGAGUUGGAAGUAGGAGAAGAGACCGUUCACGUUAGCAUCCUACAGUAUUCCUUCACCAUCACCGUGGAGCAUUCUUUCAGGGAACGCCAGUCCAAGGAACUCCUCAUUAAGAAGGUGAGGGAGAUGAAAUUCCAGGGAGGCAACGCAACCAACACUGGACAGGCGCUCAACUUCGUCUCUGAGCAGUCGUUUACCACCAACAGAAGAACCGAGCAGGUGCCCCACUUGGUUUACAUGGUUACUGCAAAUCCCUCCACGGAUACCAUCGUUCGUCCUUCCAGUGAUGUCCAUAUUAUUCCGAUUGGCAUAAGGCCUAGUGUAGACAUCCAGGAACUCGAAGAAUUAAGUCAGUCACAGGCUCCUAUUAUCAUAGAAGGCUUCAACAAUCUCAUCAAAGAAGGACCAGACUUGGUCCUCAGAACCUGCUGCUCCAAGAACGAAUUUUGCACCAAGCCCAUGGAUGUGAUAUUUCUCCUGGACGGGACCUCAGAUGUUGAAGAAGCUCAGUUUGAGGAAAUGAAACGUUUUGUGAAAGCAUUUAUUGAACACGCUGAUGUGGGUCAUUCUUGGACUCAAGUUGCGGUACUUCAAUAUGGAAAAGUGAACUCUCUGGAGAUUUCAUGGAAUGUACUCCAGGAAGAAAGAAAUCUUCUGAAAAAGGUGGACUCCAUUCAUCAAAGAGAGAAAGGCCCAAGCAGACUAGGGGAUGCCAUAGACUUCACAGUUCAACAUGCCAUUUCUGAAGCCAACGGAGGACGGCCCAACGCAUCCAAAACGGCUGUGAUUAUUGUGGCAGGCACCUCAAAGGACGCUGUGGAAGCUGCUGUCUCUUCCGCAAGAGCCAACAGAGUUACGCUGCUUCCCAUCGGCGUUGGCACCAAAUAUAAUGUGGAACAACUGAAAUCUUUAGUGGGGCCGUCUGCCAAAGACAAGAUCAUUAAACUGCAACAUUUUGAAGAUCUUUCUACAAUGGUCACGCUGGGUGUUGAAUUUAUGAAGAAACUUUGUACAGAGACUGCCCAGGAGUGUAUAGAUGAAGAGGGGAAUAUCCGAGCACCUGGCGACAAGUGGCAGUUGCUGGAUCCGUGCUAUAGUGUGAAGUGCUUACCGGGUGGCCACACAGAACUGGAAAGCCACCGACAUCUCUGUGAGAGGAUGGCCAAGCCAACAUGUCACAACAAUUUCCCCGCUGUUAAAGUGGAGGAAACGUGCAGCUGCCGUUGGGUGUGUCCAUGUACCUGCAUGGGAAGUUCAACCAGACACAUUGUCACCUUCGAUGGGCUGGAUUUUAAGCUGAUGGGCAACUGUUCCUACACCUUGUUUGAGGACAAAGAGGAGGGCGUUGAAGUGAUUCUUCACAACGGCGCUUGCAGCUCAGCCCCCAAAGUCAACUGCAUGAAUGCCAUUGAGGUCACACAUCAGGGCUUCUCUCUGCAGCUCUAUAACAACAUGACGGUGACCGUGAACGGCAUGGCUGUUAUUCCCCCCUACAGCAACAGUCAGGUGGAAGUCAAUAUCUACGGGACAAUAAUGCACGAAGUCAGGUUUCUGCAGCAGAACCACACCCUGGCCUUCACACCGAGCAACAAUGAGUUCACGUUACAGCUUAGCCCAAAGAGCUUUGCCUCAAAGAUGUAUGGACUUUGUGGGGUGUGUGACCAAAACAGCGGGAACGACCUGCUCUUAAAGAACGACUCCAUCACUCAGGACAUCGGUGGCUUCAUCCAGGACUGGACCAUUCAGCAACCAGGACGGAUUUGCAAAGAGAGAAAGGCUGAGGUGUGCGUUGAGCGCGCAACUGCCCGAUGCAGCAUCCUGCUUUCCAAUCUCUUUUAUGAGUGCCAUCAGAUCAUCCCCCCCAACACCUUCUAUGCAACGUGCGAAGAAAACAAUUGCUUUGGGGAGGAAGUGUGUGAGAUUGUAGCCUCCUACGCCCAUCUUUGCAAAGUCCACGGGGUCUGUGUGGACUGGAGAACGCCCGAUUUCUGCGCCAUGCCGUGCCCGGCCUCUCUGAUCUACCAGCCCUGCCAGAAAGGGUGCACAAAACACUGUGAGAACGGGACCGACAUGCAAAUCUGCACGGACUAUGCCACCGAGGGCUGUUUCUGCCCACCGGGACAGGUCGUCCUGGAUGGCACCUGUGUUCACGAAGACAUCUGCUCCCAAUGCAUCGGUGAAGAUGGAAGUCGCCACCAGCUCAUGGAAACGUGGAUUCCUUCCAUCGACCCCUGCAAGGUCUGCAUGUGCCUGGAGAACAGGACCGUCAAUUGUGUGUCACAGCCUUGCGCGACAGCCAAACCCAUUGACUGUGGUCCCUGUGAGAUUCCAAGACUGCAGAGGAACUCCAAUCAGUGCUGUCCAGUUUUUGAAUGCGUCUGCGAUCUGAUCUCUUGCAAAUUGCCUCUGAUACCUCACUGUGAAGAUGGUCUCCAACUCAUCCAGGCAAAUCCCGGAGGAUGUCGACCAGAUUACGCUUGCGUCUGCAAAAAGGAAGAGUGUAAGCCACAGUCCACCCCGUUCUGCCCACCACACCGCAAACCGAUUUUGGUGAAGACUCGGUGCUGUGAUGAGUUCCAGUGUGUUUGUAGCUGUAACAAUUCAACGGUGACCUGCCCGCCAGGCUACCUCUCAUCCUCCGUCACAAAUGACUGCGGUUGCACGUCUACGACGUGCAUUCCUGAUCAGGUGUGUGUACACCGCAACAUUGUCUAUCCUCUUGGGAUGACUUGGGAGGAAGGAUGUAAGGAGUGUUCUUGCACCCACAUGAAAGACGCUGUGACAGGACUACGAAUUUCAGAAUGCCUGGAGAAAGGAUGCAGUACGUCCUGCCCAGCGGGAUACAAAUACGUCAACAGAGAAGGGGCAUGCUGUGGGAAAUGUCUCCGGACUAUGUGUGAAGAUACACCUCUUUGGUCUCGAGGAGAUGAAGACGUCGUUUGGCACAAUAUUGGCUCUGAAUGGACGUCUCCGACUGAUCCCUGCGUCAUCAAAAAAUGUGUCCGUGUGAACGAGGAGGUCUUUAUCCAGACCAGGAAUGUCUCGUGCCAAGCGAGGGAACCAAUCAGCUGCCCCUUUGCCACAGAGAUGCGCUGUGACCAGCGGUCUGGAUGCUGCCCUUCCUGUCGCUGUG